AGUGCCAGCCGCUGGCCUGGGAUGGGACCCAGCUUUGCUGAGAGCCAGCGGUGGGAUCCGUAAGGGGGGGCGGCGCCGUGGCGUGGGAGCUCCCUGGAGGGCAGUAUCUCCUGCAGCCCUGGCUAACCGGGGUCCCCUUUUCCGCCACCUGCAUCAGUCCUUGGGCCUCCUAGCCUGGUGUCCCCGUUCCCCACUGCCGGGGAUCAGAGCCGGGGUCCCCUAACGUGCUAUCCCCCCUCCCCUGCUGACCCAGAACGGAGCUUCUCUCUGGAAGGGCCGGUCCCAGCCGUGCAGAGAGGUCGUUGUUCCAGUUGCUGCCUCCGGUCAGGGGCCCUCUGUCGCUCCUGAGCCCACCUGGGUCCAUCCACGUCUCUCCCCACCAGUCCCCUGGGAUAUAGCCGACAGGAUUUUGCCAGCUGCAUGCCGGAGCCGCCGCGGGGUUAGACACCCAGGAGGACACUGAAAGCUCCCACAACCUCGCCGCCCCAAGAAGAUGAAGGCUGCUGGGGCCCUGCUCGCCUUCGGGGUCCUGUUUGGAGGUGCACAGGGGGGGCCGUGGAGCGCGUGGAUGCCCCAGACCAUCACGGCCUUCGAGGGCACGUGCGUAGCCAUCCCGUGCCGCUUCGACUACCCGGAUGAGCUGCGCCCCUCGGCCGUGCACGGUAUCUGGUACUUCAACAGCCCCUACCCCCGCAACUACCCGCCCGUGGUGUACAAGUCCCGCACCAGCAUCGUGCACGAGAGCUUCCAGGGCCGCACCCGCCUGUUGGACAAACCUGUCAUUGUGCCCCCCGAGGAGGUGGUGGCAGAGACGGAGGUGGAGCUGCGGUGCGUGCUGGAGGAGGAGGGUGGCACCUGGAACCAGGUGUCCCUGCUCAAGUUUCGGCCCUCGCGGGAGAACGACCGACAAGAACUGGGCUGCCAGGUCACCUACCCCAACACCACCUUCCUCUUCGAGGCCUUCGCCACCCUGGAUGUCAAGUCUGGCCUCACCCAGCCUCUUCCCUUGUCAGACAAACCUGUCAUUGUGCCCCCCGAGGAGGUGGUGGCAGAGACGGAGGUGGAGCUGCGGUGCGUGGUACCAGACAACUGCCCCACCAUGAAGCCAGUGGUGACCUGGCUGUACCAUGAGGGGCUGGAGGGGCAGGAGGUCUUUGGCCAGCUGGAGGAGGAGGGUGGCACCUGGAACCAGGUGUCCCUGCUCAAGUUUCGGCCCUCGCGGGAGAACGACCGACAAGAACUGGGCUGCCAGGUCACCUACCCCAACACCACCUUCCUCUUCGAGGCCUUCGCCACCCUGGAUGUCAAGUACGUGCCCCGGAUCCUGCAGGUGAACUCAUCCUUGGAACUAACAGAGGGCUCACAGGUGGUGCUGACGUGCGUGGUAGAUAGCAGCCCCCUGGCCUUGCUGGCGUGGUUCAGAGAGGAGGUGGUGCUGCGGGAAGAGCCGGCCACCAAUCUGACACUGGAGCUUCACAACGUGACCCACGAGCAGGAUGGGAUCUAUACCUGCGUGGCCGAGAACUUGUACGGACGGGGGAACCGCUCGCUGGCCCUCACCGUCAUGUACGCCCCGCGGAAGCCGUUAGUGAACUCUUCGGUGGUGGCAGUGGAAGGUGAGCCGGUGACCAUCGUGUGCACCACAGAGAGCAACCCAGAGCCCAUCAUCACCAUCUUCAAGGAGAAGCAGAUCGUGGCCACCGGCCAGCGCAGCUCUGCCUUCAACCUCACCGUGGAGUUCGCACCCAUAAUCCUGGUGGAGUCGAACUGCGCUGUGCUGGCCAACCCGGAGCCCGUGAUCUCCUUCGAGCUGCCCACCCGGAACGUGACGGUUAACGAGACCGACCAGGAGUUUGUCUACUCCCAGAAGACGGGCUACACGGUCACCAGCAUCCUGACGCUGCGUGGGGAGCCGGACUCACAGCUCUUCAUCGUCUGCUCCGCCCGCAACCUGUACGGCACCAAGAACCAGCAGCUCCAGUUCCACCACACCAACAACCUGAUGUGGGCGAAGGUGGGCCCGGUGGGCGCCGUGGUGGCCUUUGCGAUUCUCAUCGCUGGCGUGUGUUAUGUGAGUCAGACGCGGAAAAAGAAAAACGUGAACGAGAACUCCAGCUUCGUGCAGCUGGAGAACCCGCCCGUGGCGUACAGCGGAGGAUACCGGCCCCCGGACAAAUCUGAGUAUGAGCGGCGCCUGGCCUCUGACAAACACCUCCUGAACAAGCCUGAGGGCUCCCUGGACCUGAAUGUGGAUUAUGCCAACAUCGACUUCACCAAACUGGCCACCAAGGACAGCUACACCCUGACGGAGGAACUAGCGGAGUAUGCCGAGAUCCGUGUCAAGUGAGCACCUUCAUUCCCAGCGCAGUGACGCCCUCUGCCAUGGAAACCGCACCCACCAGAAUCCGGACCCGUCUGUGCCCCCAAAUCACAGACACGCCCCCAUUAUGGAAACCCUGCCCUCCAGGAUCGACCCCAUGCAGCGCGCAGGUCCUGCCAUGCCCACUAAUGGCAAGACGUGCCCUCUGCCAUGGAAACCUCACCCCUUGCAAUCAGGGAGUGUCUCACCCUGUCCGUCUGAGCAGGGCUGUAUCCCCUUCUUUAACAGCCAGAGGGCUGGGUAUGUGGAUCUAGCCUUGUCUGGGGGCCUAGGGUUCAAAUCCCGCCUGUUCUGCUGAUUUUGCGUGACCCUGUGUCCUAGGGGCUGGCUGUGCGCCUCCGUUUCCCCGUGAUCUCUUCAUUCCCCUGUGCCCAAAGCAGCUCAGAACUCCAGCGCUUCCUUGGCUUUGGGGAGGCUAAAUUCAGACCUGAUUGGGAGGCUCAACCACUGAAUCAUUAAUUACCCGGUGGAGCUGUCUUUCUAGGGGCCACGCAAGCCCUUGCCUAGAUGGCCCUGGGGAGCCCCAUUCACAACGGGCCCAGAUACUCCCUAAAGCCGCCCAGUCCUUCUUCGAAUUCCCCCGUGCUGAAGGAACAACGUCAUUUCCCACUGCAUGAAGACUCAUCUGCAGCCUGAACUUGCUUAGGAAUCCCCAGGCAGGAAGGGGGCAACGCGAUCCUGGCAUAAGGCCCCGUUCCAGCAGCGUAACCCCCUCCGUGCUAGGAUAGCUGGGCUUUGCGUUGGUAUCGCUAGGUCAGGAGAAAGCCACCCAUCCGACCGACAGCCAUGUCAGGGGGAAUUGCUGGGCAGCUCGCACGUAAAUCAGGUGUCCAAAAAACCCGCAGCCGGAAUCUCUGUUCCCCACUGGGACGUGCCGGAGCUCAUGGCCUGGGACCAAUCCACAGGGAUUCUUAGAUCCGUCGGCACCAGCCAUCCGGGGUGGGGAACAUUGGAAAAAAAUGGCCAUUUAUCUUUAGUGUCAUUUUUUUACAGAUAUUUGCCUGGUGAUAGAAAAGAACUAAAAAGCCGAAACUAACAAGUCAACCCUCUAACCAGCACUUAACACUGCCUAGAAACCUCCCCCUAACCUGGUUAACCCUUCCAGGCAACCGGCUCUGGGCAUUGAUUAGAUGGUGGGACGUGAUUAGCUGUAAAAUAAAACACAGCGCUCGAGGCUCGGGUGUAAUAUUAUGGCUACUUCGUAGAGCCCUGGCAGGGACAGGAACCACACCAGGGCAGGGUGAAAAGGAACAUAAGGAUGUUGUGCUUCAGGGGAUCCGACGAGGUAGGCGUCUGCCCGCAUUCCCCAUGUAAACCUGUAUCAUCCCCGUCAGGUAGCUUGCGAACCCCUCGAAUGGCAGGGAGUUCACAUCUGCACUUGGAAACCGAGUCCGGAGCUGAACUCCCUGGAGCGUUAGGGAGCGUGUCCCAAUGUCUGACCAAAAACUCCUUUGCUGCAGAUUAAACUCAUUGGGUCUUGUCCUGCCUCCAGUGGACAGGGAGAAGAAUCGAUGGCCAUCCUCUUUCUAGCAUGACUGCAGACUGUUCUCAGGUCCCCCCUCAGCCUCCUCUAGACUAAACAGGCUGUUAAUUAACCUCUCCUCAGCGGUCACGUUGCUAAACCUCUGAUCCUUUCUCUGGCUCUCACGAGGAGUGGCGGAGGCUAUCUAAAAAUGGGGGGCCACUGGUGUCUGAACCAUGGCCCCAUCCCUUCCUCCUGAGCCCCGCCCCUUCUCCAUGAGCCCUUCAUGCCACCCUUUCCCCCAGGGCCCUGCUCCCAGGCCACCUCUUCCCUCCAAGACCCUACUUGCUCCUGCUUCCCUUCCCCCAUCUCAUACCCUUAUAUUGGGUAUAAAACUAAGGAGUCAUGGCACCCCUCCCCCUGGUUCUGGCACUCCUGCCUCUCCCCUGGGCUCUCCAGUUUGCCCCCACCUUCCUGAAAGGGCUGCGCCCCAAACUGGCCCCCAUGUUCCAUCUUUGGCCCCUCCCGUGCGGGCCAGUUGCUCCCCGUGUCUUACGUGAGACGCUGCUGUCUCUACACCCAACAAACAAAAUGAACUAGGGAAAAAAAGCUGAAAUUAAAACUGAAAGUUUCCAUUGACCUCCAAACCUCCCCCCCCCCAUUUUCAUUGUGCCAGAAAAUUCACAAUUUAGUUCUGCUUCAGCGUCUGCCUUUUGUUGGAAAAAACAGAAUCCCCCACCCUCAGACCAAAAUGGAUUUCAUUUCCAUCGGCCCUCCCUUGGCUUUCUGCUCCCAGAGCUUUGUACAAGCACUGCCCCGGCCUCCCUUUAUUUAUGCUAAGUCGCGUAUACACUUGCCGUGCUUGGACUCUAUGUACAUAGGGGAGAAAAUACAAAAUAAUUGCAACUCAGAAUAGCUCUGUAACUUUUCGGUAUCGUGUGUGUGCGUGUGCGUGUGUCACAGGACCAAAUGGUGCCCCUGGCUUAGCCCACCCUGCUCCCAGGUAGAAUUAAACUAGUGAACAUAUCAGGAGCGCUGUAUUAACUCCAAGACUAGGUCGGUUUCCUUGUGUGUCAUUGUUACAUGAGUUGCCAACUGUUUAAUUACUUUAACCCAGCAGACUUUCUAUUCUGAAGGAAAUAAAAUGUAUU